AUGGAGUUCCCUCCUAUGAGCCUAUGGGCAUUUUGGUCAUUCCUCCUUCUCACUACCAUUCACCUUCGAUGCUUCUUCGGAUCUGACGCUCACUUCUCCAACGAAACUGAUCGCGUUGCUCUGCUCCACUUGAAACACCUGAUAACCGACGAUCCUCUCCGUUCCUUGAGCUCUUGGAAUCAUACUCUCCACUUCUGUAACUGGCAAGGAGUUACAUGCGGUGGUCACCGCCAUCCUCAAAGGGUCACCGCCUUGAACCUCACUGGCCAUAACUUGGUGGGGCCCAUAUCUCCCUUUAUAGGGAAUCUCACCUUCCUCAGGAUAAUCAAUCUCUCAGCCAACAACUUCCACGACACGAUUCCUGAAGAGAUUGGCCGUUUGUUCCGCUUGCGGUAUCUUAAUCUGAAUAAUAACACAUUCAGCGGAGAGAUUCCAGCAAAUCUGACCCACUGUUCAGACCUCCAAGUCCUUCAUCUUUACGGAAAUCAGCUGGCUGGGAGGAUUCCGACUGAGCUUGGCUCUCUGACCAAGCUCACCAGAUUGGCCCUCGGUAACAACAAUCUUACAGGAAGUAUCCCACCUUCACUUGGAAACCUUUCGUCUCUUACUUUCCUUUUUCUCUCAAUAAACAGUCUGGAGGGCAGAAUCCCGGGUGAGUUCAGCCGGCUGGUAAGCUUAAAGUUGCUUGCAAUUGCUUCCAAUAAACUGUCAGGUAGGAUUCCUCCCUCGCUGUACAAUCUGUCCUCCAUUAAGUAUUUGGACGUGGGAGACAACAGAUUGCAUGGAAAUCUUCCGCCUAACUUAGGCCUCACUCUUCCUAAUCUCCGAAGGCUAUAUGCCGCAUCAAACCAAUUCACAGGACCGAUACCAGUUUCAUUAUCCAAUGCUUCGGGACUUGUAGAUAUUGAACUUUGUAAGAAUAGUUUUAGUGGAUCUGUGCCUCUGAAUUUUGGAAGCCUCAAGGGUCUCUCCCGAUUACGUUUGUGGGGCAAUGAACUUGGAAUUGGGAAAGCAAGUGACUUGAGUUUUCUUAUUUCUUUAAACAAUUGCAGUAGUUUACGAGUGCUGCAGCUAGGCAUAAAUAAUCUCAGUGGUGCGUUGCCUGACUCCAUGGCUAAUCUUUCGACCCAACUCACAUGGUUAACUUUGGGAAAUAACAGGAUAUUCGGAAGCAUCCCAUCUGGUAUUCAGAAUCUUAUCGGCUUAACAGUACUGAGAAUGCGGUAUAACUUUCUGACUGGUACAAUUCCCAUUGGCGUUGGGAAGCUUAACAAGUUGGAGAAGCUUGUCUUGACUGGAAAUGAAUUAUCUGGGCACAUUCCGUCUUCCUUAGGAAACAUCUCCCGAUUAUACCAACUUUCUUUAGAUGGAAACAAGCUAACUGGGAGGGUGCCUUCAAGUCUUGGAAAUUGUACAUACAUGCAGUUCAUAUACCUAGGUAAUAAUAAUCUUAGUGGUAGCUUACCCAAACAACUUUUCAGCUUUCCCUCUUUAAUUGAACUCCAGCUCAAAAACAACUCUUUUACCGGUAAUCUGCCAGUGGAAGUCGGUUACUUGAAAACUCUCUCGUUCUUGUAUGUUUCAAAUAACGAUUUAUCAGGCGAAAUUCCAGUCUCGCUAGGCAAUUGUUUAAGCCUUGAGUAUCUCAGGUUGGAUGGGAACUUCUUUCAAGGUCCAAUUCCAUCAACAUUUACUACUCUAAGAGGCCUUCAAUCCCUGGAUCUUUCAUGCAACAACUUGUCUGGAAAGAUUCCACGGUACCUGGAGAACCUUUCUGCCUUGCAGUAUCUAAAUCUAUCUUUCAAUAAUUUGAGGGUGAAUUACCAAAACAAGGGGUCUUUAGAAAUGCUAGUGAAGUUUCAGUACUCAGAAAUAGUAAGCUUUGUGGUGGUAUUCCACAAUUGCAAUUGCCUCCAUGCUCUGGCCAAUCUUCCAAGAAACAGGGGAUGUCUCGUGCUUCAGAAAAAGUUGAGAAAGAAACCUUCUGUAUUGCCUUCUGCCGAGGAUCCUCUUGUCAAUGUGUCUUAUGCGGAGCUCUUUAAAGCAACAGAUGGGUUCUCUUCUGCUAAUUUGGUCGGCUCCGGAAGUUUUGGUGCUGUAUAUAAAGGGUUUCUAGAUCAUGUUGGAACUAUGGUGGCAAUGAAAGUGUUCAACCUUCAACGACAGGGAGCUCUGAAGAGCUUUGUUGCCGAAUGCGAAGCCUUGAGAAAUAUUAGGCAUCGGAAUCUUGUUAAGAUCAUAACUUGUUGCUCAAGCAUUGAUUUUAAGGGCAAUGAUUUUAAAGCUCUAAUUUACGAGUACAUGGCAAACGGAAGUCUAGAGAAGUGGUUGCAUGGAGAUGGUCAUGAUCAGCUGAAAAGGAACUUGAAGUUUAUUCAAAGGCUAAACAUAGCUAUAGAUGUGGCUUCUGCACUGGAUUAUCUGCAUAAUCAUUGUCAAAUGACGAUCAUUCAUCGAGAUUUAAAACCGAGCAACCUUCUUCUUGAUGAUGACAUGACUGCUCGUGUGGGUGAUUUCGGCCUAGCCAGGUUCUUAUCUGAAGUUGCUUACACCAGCUCGGUUGGAAUGAAGGGAUCUAUUGGGUACAUACCUCCAGAGUAUGCGAUGGGCAGUAAAGCAUCUACACAAGGAGAUGUUUAUAGCUAUGGAAUCCUUCUAUUGGAGAUGAUCACUGGAAAGGGGCCAACUGAUGACAUGUUUAAGGACAAUCUAAACCUUCAUCAUUUUGCUAAGUUGGCUUUGCCUAAACAAGUAAUGGAGAUUGUUGACCCACAACUGCUCGUAGAAGAAGCUGAAGUUACUCAGCACAAUGAAAACCAUGUCAAUAGAAGAAAUAGAAUGCAUGGUUGCUUGAUUUCAAUGGUCAAAAUUGGUGUGUUGUGCUCUGUAAAAUCUCCAAGAGAACGGAUGUGGAUGAGAGACGUUGUUGCAGAAAUGCAUGCAAUCAAGGACUUGUAUCUUGGGACCGGUAUUCACCAAGACAAACAAGUUAGGUCGCAAAUAUUAGAUGAAGGUUCAUCUUACCUUAGUCAUUAUUAAGUUAUUAUUGA